AACCAUGGAGGCCACAGAUCGAGGCGCAGGCGGUGGGGCCGGCGGUCCCGAGGGUCAGCGUGGCCCGGGAGACCCCGGUGUCCCAGAUGGCCCCGGAGGCCACGAGGGCCCCGGCGGUGGAGGUGGUGAGGGAGAGGAGUGUGCCGCGGCCGGUGCGGCCCCGCGGGUCGCGCAGGCGCCAUGUGCUCCCGUCCCGGGCGCAGCUGCCGUGCCAGGGCUUGGCGGACACCCUUUGCCGGGACCCCGUGGGCACAGCGGGCCCACAGCCGGAGGGCCGGGGAGCCAGCCGCUGCAGUUCUACGUCACCAUGCCUUUCCCGUCACCCACGGAGGCACAGGUGGCCCACCAGUGUCUGGCAACACAGGGCCAGCCCCAGGUCGGGGCAGUUCGGAAGGAGUUCACGGUACUCGGCAACGUCCUAAUUAUACGACUGACUGCCGAAGACCCUGGCCAACUCCAGGUUUCCAUCGCCUCCUGUCUUGACCAGCUUUCCCUGUUGGUUUGGACCAUGCAGCGCUUCGUGCCCCCGUUUUUCACAUUGCCGGAGCCAGGCAAAAGGGGCUAAUUGUAACCUAGCGUCCCUUCCUUCCCUAGGGCGUCCAUUCCGAUGCUGGUUGCCGCUUUAUUACGGGGGUCUAAUUGUUCGUAUUGGACUUUGGGCCUUGUUUUUCCCCAUUGCUGGAGGAGGGGCGUUCUUACAGCAGAAAAUAAAACUAUUUUUCCGCA